AUGGGAUUGUAUGUUGCUUUGAAAAAAGGAUUCAUUGAGGGUUGUAGAAAGUGCAUUGGGUUAGAUGGUUGCUUUUUGAAGGGAAUAUCUAAAGGCCAGCUACUUGUUGCUAUUGCAAAUGAUGGGAAUAAUCAGAUGUUCCCAAUAGCAUGGGCUGCUGUUGGAACUGAAAGUAGAGAAACUUGGACUUGGUUUUUGAGAAUCUUGAAAUCUGAUUUGGACAUUAAUGAUGAAGGAGAAGGAUUGACUAUCAUAAGUGAUAUGCAAAAGACAUAUACUUGCAAAUUGGUAAAAAAACUGGAAGGUGUUGAGGAAAGAAAGAGGUUUUGGGCUUGUGCUAGAUCAACAUUUGAAGCUGAACUCAGGAAGAACUUGGAUAAAUUAGCACAAUUAGGCAAAGAUAUUUCUAAUGACAUGGUAAACUUCAAUCCUAAUAGAUGGUCCAAAGCACAGUUUAGGACAUCCUCAAAAUGUGACAGUGUGGAUAACAAUAUGGCUGAAAGUUUUAAUGCUUGGGGGUUGGGUGCUAGGGACAAGACUAUCAUCAGUAUGCUUGAAGAAAUAAGGAAAAAGGUAAUGAAUAGAUUCACUAAAGUGAUAACAUUUGUAAAUAGUUGGACUCAUGACAUAUCUCCAAUGGCAAUGUUGGUGCUAAAUACAAAUGUGAAGAAGUCAAUGAGGGUGGAAACUAGUUGGAAUGGUGACAUUGGGUAUGAAGUGAAAGAUAGUCCAUAUAUACAUAUGGUUAACCUAAUUCAAGGAACUUGCACUUGUAGAAGUUGGGGAUUGAAAGGGAUUCCUUGUGCACAUGCAAUAGCAUCUAUACAUCACGAUGAAGCUAAUCUCCUUGACUCAGUUUUAACAAACAUGAAGAUGUGGCCCGAGACAUCGAAUUCAAAAGUUGAGCCACCUCUUGUUAGGAAAAUUCCAGGAAGGCCUGGUAUAAAAAGAAAGAAGGAACUUGGAGAGGUACCAAGUUCUAGAAAGCUUCCAAAGAGGGGGAAAACCGGUAUUACUACAUCACAAGCAUCUGCCAGUAGUAAAAGAAGUGGCAAGAAAAAAUCUCACCCCACUCAAGAAGUACAACAAUCUCAAUCUUCUGAACCAUCUCAAGCAAUAGUGCAAAGUGACAGUGGUAAUAGAAAAAGGUGCAAAUAG